AUGAUCUUCUCUGCGCUCCCUGCGCUACUACACUGUUCCUGGCUUCGCGUCGGCCCUUUGGGCAAGGACAUUGACGAUACCGAAUGUGAUGACGAACCUGAUCAGCCUCCCCGUGUUUUUGAACGCAAAGAGUCUGAUAAUGUGAUGGCCGAGCCAAUGAGCAGCGUCAACGCAAAGCAAGACAAGAUAUACCAGGCGUGGUUAUCCUCGAGGCAAAUUCGAGAUGGGCAGGUGCUCGCCCCUGGUCAGCCGAGGCGGAUGACCCCAGCCAACAUCGUCAUUGCUCUGCGCAUCCUGAGCGUCUGUCUCAUCGAUCUUUUGGAAUUGCUCUGGGGGGUGCAUCCCAUACGCACCAUUGCAUUAAUCCUUCAUAAUUUUGUUCGGGGGGUCCUGCCAGCAGCCAGGCUACAUUCGCAGGCACGGAUCAUCGAUGCGAUCCAAACAAGCCUAACAACGGGCGAUAUUGCACUCGAAAAAAUAGGCAGAUCAUUAGGAAUAGAAAUCCUACGCAUGCUCGCAGAGUCUCUUUUCGACUCACUCACAACACAGAAUGAAACGUUGGUGCAGCAAAGCGUCAGGUAUCGAGUCGAAUACCUUCAGAUUCAACUCCGACUCAGGCUGGACAUCCCUACUCUGGCCGAUCCAGAUGUUGCUGCAUUGUUAAACGAAUCCGACAUGUUCGUGCACUCGUUUUCAGGCGCCGGUGGCUUUGGCUUGCUGUCACCCUUCGAUCUGAUUCGAACUGUUUCAACUCUCUCCGAGCUCGCAACCCAAUUAUAUUUGGUGUGGUCUAUGUCGGCAGGCCUGUUGGAUACAUCGCAUAUACUUACGCUUGUCUUCGCUUUCUUGCCAUCCAUGCUUUCGUGGGCUAGUUCGCGGGUUUCCCAGUUGCUCUCUUGUCCGUGGCCAGAUUACGGCGAAGAUUCUGAAGGUGCGGGGCACUCUGAGCGACACGAGCGGAUGCGCAGACUGGCCCACGACAAAUAUCAUAAGCCAGAAAUUCUUCUCUUUGGGCUCAGCGAUUGGAUCUUGGAAAACUGGGCGAAUGCGCGGAAGUCUGUGCUUGGACUUUCGGCUUCGCAAGAGUCAACAACCGCUAGUACAUUUCGGGAAAUGGCGCGGUCAAGCUCAUCUGAAUUGUUUGGGAUGGUACAGCAAAUCCCAUUGGCUUUGCAGUUGGGUAAAUCUUCGCUCGGUACCAUUACUAUGUAUCGUUCAGCGGUUCAUCAACUCGCUUUUACCUUCUCGUCGCUCGUAACAACAUUUUCUAUGGCCUUCCAAGCGGUUUUCCUAAUGGCAGCGUUCCACGCUUCAUUGAACUUGAAGCCUGCACUCGAACCUGCACCGGAAACCAAGACCCCUUAUGAAAGUUCAUAUGACGGUGGAAUGGCUCUUCAACUCAAGAACGUGACCUUCACCUAUCCUGGCCAAAAGGAGCCAACCUUGAGGGGCAUUAACCUAGACGUUCGCGCUGGGGAGACACUUGCCAUAAUUGGGAUCAACGGUGCCGGUAAAACGACGCUAAUGCAUGUUCUACUUCGCCUGUUUGACUUUACAUCAGGAGAAUUCCUCAUCAACGGUGUUGAUAUCCGGCGGUACUCGCCUGCCGACCUCCACCGUCGCACAACAGCGCUUUUCCAAUCGUUUUCCAAAUUCGGAAAUGCCACUGUUCGCGAGAAUACUGGUACAGGCGACAUAUCCCGCAUUUCUUCUAAUGAGGCGGUGGAAGAGGCUUUGAAACGUGGGAGUGCCACUGCCCUCCUCGAGUCACUACCCUUUGGUCUAGAAACCAAGCUAGACUUUGGUGGAUUUAGUUCACAUGCUCCAGUAGAUCUCUGCGCCCCACACGGACACAAAUCAGGGAGCUAUACAGGAGUGCAUCGGCAAGAGGAGCGUUUUGGUCUUAGCGGGGGGGAGUGGCAACGUCUGGCCCUUUCCCGCGCAUUUAUGAGGCUGGGAUCCGCCGAUUUGGUCUGCUUGGACGAGCCCACGGCCUCGUUGUCUCCCGAAGCGGUUAGACAAGUUUAUCAGUCCCUUUUGAAUCGCAACGAAAAAAGAGUACGAAAGCGAACAACUAUAUUUAUUACUCACCGACUGGAAGAAGCCCGCUUGGCUGACCGGAUUGCUGUCUUCAAAGACGGUAUUAUUUCUGAAAUUGGCCGACAUGAAGAGCUCAUGAGAUUGGGGGGCUCAUAUGCUGCUUUACACCAUCAAGGAUCAUGA